UUUAGGAAAGGGGCGUUCACUCGUGAACUUUCCCCACUGGUGCAGUUGCGUGCGUCUGAAGUUCGUGGAUCUCUCACAGUUUGGUCUGCUCUCCCCACAGCUUUUCUCGUGGAGGCUUCUGCUGCUGUUUCUUAACACAUCUGGACUUUAUUUGCAUGGGCGACUCGGAUCACGCGAGCUGUGAUAUAUGACCAUGAGCGCGCACGGAAACAUGACGUACGGGAUGGAUUUAUCGGAGGAUCAGAUCAAGGUUUUGGAGGAGAACUUCACAAAAGUCAGCAAACAUCCGGACGACACCACACUGAUGCUGAUCGCGGCCGAGUGUGGACUAAGCGAGUCGGAGACGGCGAAAUGGUUCAGGAUGAGAAACGCUCAGUGGAGGAAAUCAGAAGGUCUUCCAGCAGAACUGGGAUCAGUGAAGGAUUAACAGAUGCCUUCUUUAUGUUUCGUCUGUAGAUCAGCAGUCUUUCUUUUUGCUUUCUUCAUUUAUGAGGACAUUUUCUGCAGAUUAAUGAUCCCUACUGGUUGUUCUGUGUUUUAAGUUAUAAUCUAUUGCUAAAAGCAAAGUGUAUGUAGGCUGUGCCAUGUAUUUUAUUAAUACUAUAACAACGUAUAUAAAGUAAAUGUAAAAAUCUGUAUAUAAAGAAAUACACAGUCUGUACAUCCUGAGGUUUAGUUCAAUUGAAAAGUAAUUACCUAAACUUGUUGUCUUUCUCAUUUGCAUUUUUUAUCAGAGAAUCAUCUCAACAUUUGAUCUGUAUAUAAGCUGCAGUAAAUAAAAAUAACAUAGCCUACAA